UUAUUUCUAGAUGAGAGUCCUUACAAAAAAGACAGAAGAAGAAAUUCGUCGUGAUUUUUUCGGACCAGUUCAAGAGGCGGCUUGCAAGCCUUAUCUUCUAGAUGUUGAUCCUCGAAAAUCGUGGUGUGAGCUGUCAGAACUCCGUCUGAGCACUUUAAUCUGCGAGUUUAAACCGAUCGGAAUCAAUAAACAUUUUCAUCUAAUUGGAAUAAUUGAACGUAUGGGAAAAGUGUUUGACAAUGAAAAUGCUCAAGUCGAAAUAUUUCUAAGCGAAGAGAACAGAGUUGCAUUCCGUAACCAACAAAGAGACCUCUUGAUGGGAGGACGCCCAGAACGAACUUCAUAUCCGCCUAAAUACUUGUGUCGUCCUUCACUUGAAAUGAUCGAAGAUAAGCUCAAAAAAUGGUUCGGUCUGAGAUUCUGUGAAGAAAAUGAAUCGUAUCCAAGCGAGUUUAAUAGUGUCACCGAUUACGAACUUCCCGAGUAUAUCAUGGCUGAAGUGCGCGAGCUUUCAGAUAAGAGAGCAGAAAGAGAAAGAAACACAGACAACGGGAUCGUCGAGUCGGAAAAGAAGAGUACCAUCCCCAGAAGAUUGACAGAAGAAGAUGAAAAUUAUGACAUUCAAACUUAAAUGAUCUCUCUAUGAUUCCUUCUACGCUAUCUAAUUAUAAUUCAAUGUGUACCUUUCUUUCAUAUACCAAUUGCAAAAUAUCAUGUUAUGUAUUCCAAUUUCUGUUUCGAAUAACAAUUAUCAUUUUUCAUAGAAAAAAUUUA